GUCACAGCGACCUGCUUCAGUGUGACCUACGCUAAAGGGAGGAUGUGUUCGUAUCAUCACACAAACGUGACUGAGGCUUGUUCCACCACGUAUCCCAAAGAAUUAGAAGUUCAGAGGUCUCCAGGGUCACCGGUUGGACUGAAAUGUGCCACCAGCUGUCCUGAGAUUGAUCUGAAAACAUCCUACAGUUGGUACGAGAACAGAGUCUUGCACAGACGCUCUGACAAGCAACAGUAUUCAGCUUCAAGAUCCUCUGAUAAAAGCGUCUACUGUGCUGUCAAAGGCCUUGAGGAUCUGCUCUCUCCUGAAGUCUGUGCUGUGGAAAAGAAAUGCUGGACGGUGAACUAUGCCAGCAGGAGAAUCUGUGCUCUGGAAGGCUCUUCAGUGAACAUCACGGGUCAAUACUCGCACCCUGGUCACCGGCAAACCCCUUCUACAUCAUGGUAUAAAAUAAAAAGAGGUGGCGAGCAGGAGGAAGCUGAGCAGCUGAACGAGGCUCCAGAACGCGUCGAGCAUCACGACGACGGGAAUCAGCGCAUCUUGAGAAUCAAACACCUGAGAAGGGAGGACUCAGCGGCAUACGUGUUCGCAGCACUGCAGACACGUGACAGAGGACGGAAACUGUUGGAUUUUCCCAGAGUGACGCUGGUAGUCACAGGCCUCAGCGUGUGGGUGCGUCCAGCAGAGGUGACAGAGGGUCAGAGAGUCACCCUGACCUGCAGCACCAGCUGUCCUCUGUCUGGUAACACAACCUACACUUGGAAGUUGAACAGUGAACCUCUGACCCUGCCUCUGAGCCAAAACAAACACCUGGUUCUGGAUCCAGUCAGCAUUCAGCAUGCAGGAAGCUACUCCUGUGCUGUCAGAAUUGGCGAGACAACCAUGGCCUCCAGUGAAAAGAUUGUAACUGUCCAAAGAGUCACAGAAACAUUUGCAGCAGCUGCAGGCGUCGGUGCUGCUUUUCUCAUUAUCACACCUCUCGUUGUCUUCUUUUGGAUAAGAAGGAAGAGGACUUCAGGUCACUCUCUUACAACUGAAGCUACAGACAAUACAGAGCAGCUGAACCAGGGCCCUCUGUAUGGAAACCUCUCAGCUCAGCCAACAGAGCAAGAUGACCUUCACUACAGCAGUGUCCACUUCUCUAAGAGCCAAACCGCUCCUCUCUACGCCACCGUCGAACCGCAUCAGCCCAAAGAAGACCAGCAGGUCACUUAUGCCGCUGUCAGCUUUAGACCCAACGUGACCCCCGAGUGAGAAUCUCCUCCCAUUAUAGCUGGAUUAGCUGGAAGCCGGAGAACCCGGAGAGAACCCACGCUGCAUGGGCAGAACUCCAAAACUCCCAAAAGGUCCCGGGUGUCCUCACCGGGGUGCGAACCGGCGAUCUUCGAGCGGAGAGGCAACGAUGCUAACCAUGUUGGACUCAGUGGAGUUGAUGCUCUUUCUAUGAACUUGAACUAUUUUUUAAAAUUAUCUGAACAUUUUUGUCUUCAUUGUGCUCCGUAGUAACAGUUUUCAUGUCCAUAUCUAAUAACAUAUAUGCUGGUACUGAUAUAUCUGCGAAAGAACAACAUGAGCAGCAGAUAAAAUCAGCGGGUUCGACUACAAAACCGACUAGAAUUGACAUAUGGUUUAUUAAAGAACAGAAUAGCAGAUACUAAAAAUGUAGCUCUAUAAUUAAACGUUAACGAUAAACUCUUAUAAAGAUGUAGCCAAGUGUGACCAGAGAAAUGCACUAUUGUGAACUAGUCUCUCAGGUAAUUCUCCAUUUCUAAGGACAAAGACAUAAAAGUCUCUGGAUGCAAUAGAAUAAGCCUGCGACCAAUCAGAGCAGUGAAACGUGUUGCGUAGUCCUGUGCGAUGGAAAAAUGGUGACCAGAGGGGCCAGCUGGUGAAUUCAAUUUUUGCCAAUUUCUGUCAGAAUCCGGGCAAGCACAUCUCUCUGAUCAACGGAGGGUCCAUGAAGUUCAAGUUACAGGUCUUUGUUCAGUUUUGGCAUCAAGGUGAACCAAAUCAAUAAUGGAUUUGAACCUAUAUUUAUUUCAAUUCCUUUACAGAUGAAUAGUUUUUACUCAUUUCAGUGUUUUAUCGUUCAUGUUUGAGGCGUUGGUUCAGACUCAGAUUAUUCCUCAAACAUAAAAAAAUGGGUCAUUGUUCUAAUUUUGUAUUUGUUUUAUAUUUUAACUUUGACAUCAAAACUGCCAAGAAGGUUUUGAGAACAAAUUCCAAAAAAUAGACAUCAAGACGUGUACAAAACAACAAAUACAGUAAAGAAACAAAGGUGGUAUAAUUUGAACAAGUUUCAAGAAUCCACAGGAAAAAAAAUGUAUAUUUACUGGACCAACCAAGUGGUGUUGGUUGAACCUGAUUAUUGUUCAUUUGUAGUUUUAUGUUUUAGGUUUAUUUUCAAAUAUUGUUCAUUAUUCAUCUGCUUGUAGCCACCGUGCUAUAAAACAUAUUGUUGCUUGUGUGUAUGUAUUUUCCUCUUGCAUGUAAACGACCUUCUAGAUUAUUUACAUUAGCAUUUGCUGAAAUAUGUUGUCCUUUACAUUUGUUUUAGUGAAUUAAAAUAUCAUGUAGUCCAGGAUUA